AUGCGUAUCUCCGAAUCUCUCCUCCUAUUCCUCAGCCUCGCGAAGGCGUAUGCCGCGACCGCAACGACCACCAGCAAUUCAUCUACUAUCACAGGAUGCCACUCCCACGGAAGUGAAAUUUACUGCAUUGAUGGAGAUGGCGAGGAAGUUCUUGUGUCUGCGACCUCGACACCAACGGGCGGCAUCCCGGCGCAGUAUACCGGGUGUCAUUCUCACGGGAGCGAAACAUACUGCAUGGAUUCGGACGGAAAUGAGGCGUUGAUCGAAAAGGAAGAAGCCCACGAGCAUGAAAGUGAGAGUUCCGGCGAGAGCAGUGAGCAUGAUCAUUCCAGCGAGAACAGUGAACAUGAUCAUUCCAGCGAGAGCAGUGAACAUGAUCAUUCCAGCGAGAGCAGUGAGCAUGAUCAUGGCCAUAACCAUGAAGAGUCGGAAUCUUCAGGAGGGCAAGACUGUCACUUCCAUGCGGGAGUCGAGCACUGCGUGGGCGCAGGAGAGUCGGAAUCAAGCCAGUCGUGCGGGAUCCAGUCUCGAGACUAUGAUGUGCCGUUGCGAAUCGGAACACUGUUCGUGGUUCUUGUGACCAGUGCCAUCGGUGUCUUUGCCCCUAUCCUGCUGGCUAGACUGCCCUUCGCAGCUGUCAAUUCCGUCGUGAUGACCAUCAUCAAGCAAUUCGGAACGGGUAUCAUCAUUGCGACCGCAUUUGUCCAUCUCUACACGCAUGCCAAUCUCAUGUUCACAAAUGAAUGCCUCGGCGAACUCGACUAUGAAGCCACCACUUCUGCCGUCGUCAUGGCCGGCAUUUUCCUCGCCUUCCUAUUCGAGUACGUUGGUCACCGGAUCAUCGUCUCCCGGGGUCAAAAAACAGAUGCCACUUGCUCCGAUGCCUCCGGCUGCCAGGAGGAGUCGCGCAAAGACGGCUCUCAAUCACCCCAGCACCCCACGAUCGCUCACCUCGGGCAUUCGCACGGUGCGGAUCCCACCAAGCCCGACACAAAAUUCUCCGUGUUGGUCAUGGAAGCGGGCGUUCUCUUCCACAGUAUCCUGAUUGGACUGACUCUGGUUGUCGCUGGCGACUCGUUCUACAAGACAUUGCUGGUCGUCAUUGUCUUCCAUCAAUUCUUCGAAGGUCUGGCAUUGGGUGCCCGGAUUUCGACGCUCUCGGGAGGCAUAUUCCCCUUGAAAGCGAUCAUGGCGGGCGCCUUUGCUCUGAUCACUCCGAUUGGCAUGGCUAUCGGACUGGGCGUGUUAAACUCCUUCAACGGCAACGAACGGAGCACGCUGAUCGCCCUGGGCACAUUGGAUGCGCUGUCUGCGGGGAUUCUUGUCUGGGUGGGUGUGGUGGAUAUGUGGGCGCGUGACUGGGUGAUUGAGGGCGGCGAGAUGCUGGAUGCAGCACUGAGCAAGGUGCUGACAGGAGGAGUUGCGCUGGUGAGCGGACUGGUGUUGAUGGGCCUGCUGGGUAAAUGGGCCUAA